AACCCGACCCGGAAAAUAAGUCCUCUUUUUCUCGGGUUUCGUUAUUCUUUUCUUUCAGCUCAAGACACAGAGAGAACAAAAGCUUUUUUUUUUUUUUCUUUCAUUUCCAUAAUUCAAAUAUAUAUAAAUAGAGAGAAACUACGAACGCUUCACCUUCUAUUUCGUUGUGUUCGACUCCGUGGCGGUGAAAUCGGGAUCGAUGGCGGCCUUGGAAUACCUAGAGACUCUUCGAAAUGAGCACCCAGAGCUAGCCGACUGGUACAAUUCUCUAGCAGAUCUGUAUCAGAAGAAGCUCUGGCACCAGCUCACUCUCAAGCUCGAGCAGUUCGUCGCUCUCACCGUCUUUCAGGCUGGAGAUGCACUGAUACAGUUGUAUCAUAAUUUUAUCACUGACUUUGAGACCAAGAUUAAUCUUCUCAAGCUUGCACAUUUUGCUGUCAUAGUUUCUCGGCAGUACGCAGAGAAAGAAGCUGCUAUUUGUUAUCUUGAAGGGGUGAUCGAAAAGCUUCAGGCUACUAGAGAGCAGCGCAUAGAAGAGCCAAUUCUCUAUAUUAAGAUGCAAAUUGCCAAAUUCAAGCUCGAGCAGGGUGACCAAAAGGAGUGCAAGAAACUUCUUGAAGAUGGAAAGAGUACUCUCGACAGUAUGACCGACAUUGAUCCAUCUGUAUAUGCUAGCUAUUAUUGGGUUUCAUCUCAAUAUUAUAAAUUUCGCCAAGAAUUUGCCGAAUUCUACAAAAGCGCUCUCCUUUAUCUUGCUUACACAUCAGUGGAGUCUCUCUCAGAAUCUUUUAAGCUGGAUCUGGCAUUUGAUCUGUCGCUUUCUGCUCUUUUGGGAGAUAAAAUCUACAACUUUGGAGAACUGCUUGCUCAUCCUAUUAUAAAGAGUCUUCUGGGUACCAAAGUUGAGUGGCUUUACUAUAUCCUCCAGGCCUUCAACUCAGGGGAUUUAGUUCGCUAUCAAGAAUUGUGUCGUGUGCACAAUGCUGCAUUGAGGGCUCAACCAGCCUUGGUUGAGAAUGAGAAGAAGCUAUUGGAAAAAAUAAAUAUUCUAUGCUUAAUGGAGAUUAUCUUCAGCCGCCCAUCCGAAGAUCGAACUAUUCCAUUAAAAGUUAUUGCUGAGCGAACAAAACUGUCGAUUGAGGAUGUUGAGCAUCUUAUCAUGAAGAGCCUAUCUGUUCAUCUGAUUGAGGGCAUAAUUGAUCAAGUUGAGGGAACUGUUCAUGUCUCCUGGGUGCAGCCGAGAGUUUUGGGAAUACCACAGAUCAAAUCCUUGCGAGACCGGUUGGAUAAUUGGGUGGGCAAAGUACACACUGCUUGGUUAUCGAUUGAGGCUGAAACGCCUGAUCUUGUUGCAUCAUGAUUUUUUUCCCUAGUUCCUUUUGUGCCCAUUGUAACAAUUUCGUAAUUUGAAGAAAGAACAAAAAAGGAAAGGCAAUGGUGAGCAAUGAGGAUGGAGUCUAGUGUAUGUCGUGUGGGGAGUGGAGCCAACUUUGUAUGCUUCCUUUAAAGAUACUACUUGAUCCUUUUCUUAAAUCAUUCUUCUCAAAGGAGCGGCUCUUGUACUUUUCAGUUUUCAGCAUUUGUUGGAUCUACAAUGGCACUGACAUGCCUAAGGAUACGGUCAGAUUUGAAAACAGCAUCCUUUUCUUUUUUAAGGUGGUUCUUCCAACUUUUGUAUUGGGAUUUUUCGUUAGAUACAAUCAGAUAUGAUCCACUUUUAUGUGGAUUUUUAGUUCAGUUUCA